AUGGUUCAGAUAUCUAAAACACAAGUAAAAGAUGGGUGUGCUGGUAUAGCAGGUGCCUGUGUUCGAGAUCAGGAUACAGUGAAACAAGCGAACCCCAGAGCCUUGCCGGUUAGGGAAGACAUCAGGGGCCAGCCACACAGCCACACAGCAAGCCAUGGAAUAAGACAAAAUCCUCUAUGUAACACAGAGAGAUGCAAAAUAUUCCAGUGUGACCUCACUAGAGAGGACCUCCUUGACCAUAUCCCACCAGAGUCUGUGGAUGCCACCACAUUGAUCUUUGUGCUCUCAGCUGUUCACCCUGAGAAGACACACCUUGUCUUACUAAAUGUGUACAAGGUACUAAAACCAGGCAGAAGUGUCUUGUUCCGUGACCAUGGGCUGCAUGACCAUUCCAUGCUUAGGUUUAAAGCUGGAAGCAAACUUGGAGAAAAUUUUUAUGUCAGACAAGAUGGAACCAGAUCCUAUUUUUUUACUGAUCAAUUCCUGGUGUAGCUCUUUGUGGACGCAGGUUAUGAAGAAGUGGCGAAUGAGUCUGUGUUUCAAGAAACAGUGAAUAAAAAGGAAGGCCUGUGUGUGCCACGAGUUUUCCUUCAGAGCAAGUUCCGGAAGCCUCCACAGGACCCAGACCCCACCCCUGACUCUGCUUCACUUGGAAGAGAAGAGUUUUAAACUAACAUAGAGUUUUUUAUUCUGAAUUUUUAAAAUUAUAUGUGUAAUUUUUUGUAUUGAAAACAAAUGGGGACUAGGGAGAUGGCUUAGCAGUUAAAGUGUUAGCUGCACAAGCCUGACCACCCAAGUGUGACCCCAGGAAUCUGUCUAGGAAAACAGAGAUGGGGACUGGAGAGAUGGCUCAGUGGUGAAGAGCAUUGGCUGCUCUUGCAGAUCACCUGGGUUGAUUUCCAGCACCCACAUGGCAGCUUACAGCCAUCUCUAACUCCAGUCCCAGGGGAUGGAUGGGAAUGGAAUGCCCUGUGCUGGCCUCUUCGGGUGGUAGACAGACAUACAUGCAGACAAAACACCCAAAUUAAAGAAAAAGCAUCCAAUUUUGGCAGUUUGAAUCCAUAAUCCCAGCACUCCUACCUCAAGAGAAGCAGAGAGAAGAAUCAUCUGGAAGCUCCAGGACCAGCCCACCAGGCAUGUGCCAGAGAAGAGACACGAGACCUGGCCUCAGAAAGUGGAGGGUGAGAACCAACUCCUGGGACUUGUUCUCUGACCUCCAUAUGUGCACAAAUGAAUAAAUGAACAGUGAGUGCAUGUGUGUGUGCACACAGAAAAACAAAAGUGUAAGUCAGUCUUGAAAGUCAAGUUCUGUGGUUUAUCUGUGUCGUACAAUUCUCUUUCCACAAAGGAAAGCAAGAAGCCAAGCAUGCAGAUACACAAAAUCGGUGUGCAAAUCAAGCAUUUGAUAAUAAAUGCAUUAAAGACAAUUCUUUAGUCUUACCAUUUAAAAAACAAACAAACAAACAAAAACCUCUCAUGUUGUUUGUGUACUCUGAUCAUAGUCAUGCUUUGUCACUGGCCUCAUAUUCAAUUUCCUUGGUCCACAAUGUUCAUGAUCCUGCUCUUCUCUGCCCCAGCACAGCUGGAGCAAUAAAAUCUUUUCAUUUAGUAGAAAGUGAUCACAAGAGAAAAGGAUGAGAUGGAGAAAGAGAGGGCAAUGGAAUACAUGUGACUUGACAGUGGCAGGCAGGAUGGGAGACUAAUUGGAGAGAGAGAAGGGACUAAGAGGA